GCCAUUACCUGUUUUGAUUCUUUUGCACGGAUCUCGUAGGGCGGGCAAGUGCCAGCAGAUUUGAAAAAUGAACUACCUAAGAAGACUCUCGGGUGAUGUAUCGGGUAUAUACAAACUUUCUGAUGGCAACCCUGAAUUUUCUGUCCGGUAUCAUGGAGUCGUGUAUUUAAAAGGCGAAACGUUUAGGCAGGAUAUAGCAAAGUACCUUUGCAGUGUGGCUGUUGAGAAACUCCUUAAGGACUCACAGAUGAGACCAAAACGAGUCGACCUGACUAUAUCGACUGAGAUUGAUCAAGGAGUCAUAAUAUUAGACCCAAAUACGAACGCUAAACUGGAAUUUAAUCUACAAAGUAUAGCUUUUUGUUGCAUAAAUAUAAAUCGACCAAAAAUUUUUUCAUUUCUCGCUGAUGUGGACGGUGCUCUUGAAUGCCAUGUUUUCGUGGCAGAGCGCGAAGAUAAGGCGAGACUAAUAACACUAACAUUGAGAAACACGUUUCAAGAAGCUUUUGCAAAAUGGGACAGAGCGACGAAGAAAGAAGAGCGGGUUAAAGGAAGAAAGAAACACCUCGGAUUCAUGCCUGAGACAUUGAAAGAAGUCGAUGAAACAGGUCAGGACGAGCGUUGAAUAUCAUGGCAGUCGGAAAACAAUGGAAAAUCCGUCCUCUGCGCCAGAUGAAACUUAAUACUCUGGCGGUGUAAGGGAUAGGUCUGAUCAAGUACCGAAAAUGGACUGGUGUAGCUAACCCAUCAGGAAAUAAAUUAACAGGCAUAACAAUUUCCUGUUGAAUGGGUUUAAGCUACCCACUGGUUGUUGUAAAAGUAAUCUCAUUGAAUUAAUAACCUAAAAAAAUUAAACGCUAUCUUUAAAACCAUGGAUGGGAUUAAUUAAUAAGGGACGUAGUUGGAACUUGGAAUGGGACACGACGGAACGUUAAAAGCUGGGGUGUGACUUAUAAAUAUAAUGUAAUAGACCUGAGAUGGAUAAAAGCACAAUCUGAGUAGUACGUUUACUUUGUUAUACUGUACCGGGAGAGGAUCGAAGAAAUAAUUUUUCUUCAAAGUUUUUUACACUUCACUAAUAUUGGGUUUCCGUGUUUUGAAGAUUCCGUGUUUUGACGAUUUUAGCCCUUUCGAAUCCAUCUUUUCCCCUUCCGGGUUUAAAGACACCAGCUUACAAGUUUCGUCCUGUCUCGUUUCCUGUAUACUGUAGCUAUCACUUUUCUAUUUCCAAUUUUGAGGAUAGCCAUGCAUAAUUAAGAGCAAUGUGUUUAUAAUUGUUGUACAAUAAGCAGUUAUAAGAGUCAUACAUGUAGUUAUGCCAUAGAAAAAAUGAGGUAUAUGCAUGCAUGUCGUAGUAUUUCAUCUGUUCAAUCAUCAUUUGUAUACACGUGAAAAUCCGUGUUUAAACUAUGAGCUAAUAGACCAAGCCCCCGAUAAUCAGGCUCCACGAGCCAAGUAGAAAAUCAUGCAUGGUGGCAUGUCAAUGUUUUCCUGACCAAAGCCACGUUCAAGUCCAAAGCUAUACUGUGUAGUUAUAGGCGCCUUUUAGUGUAAACACGGCCAAACAAUUUUCA